AUGAUUUCAAGCACCGAAGUCAAGAGUCAGGAAGCCGGCAGCGCCACCACAGGCAUCUCUGCAGUUUCAUCCCCUGGUGCGACGGGAGCCCAUGCACCAGGAAGCGGGCUCACUUCGUCGCUGCGCCGCACAGACGUCACAUCGUCAUCGACCACACCGUCUCCUCCGGUGGAAAACACAAGUGACAUCGUUCAGGCUGAAGCAGCCUCUCCUUCUGGACGCAAGCAGCGGCUCAGCUUCAAGGACAAGCAGCGCCAACGCACUGGCGCUAUCGGUGGCGCUGACUUUGUGCUAAGAUGUAUGAACCUAUUCCCGACGUGCUCUUCCAUGAGCCCCAGAUCUUCGUCCUCUCCCCGAAUGUCGGGCCUUUCUCCCGGUCAGGAUCGCCCCCUCCAGCAGCCGGCCUCGAGGACGACUACGGCAGCAGCAUCCUCAUCUCUUACUGAGGGCGGGAUAGCAGAUCUCGAGCCUUCUCACAGAGGUGGCCGCAGUGGUGCGUCCCGUCCACCAAAUCGGGCGCCGGUUGCUCUCACCACCUCCGAUGCGCUCACGGAGACGGGGACAGUUGAGGGGCGCCCUAUAGUGCCUGGCUCCACGGGUUUGCACACCAGCUCAGAGAACCUCUCCGUCACGAGCAAGCAGGCUGGUUCAUCACACCAGCGCUCUGCCAGCCUUGCAUCUUCGUCGACACCGCAAAGUUCGCUGAAUCUGCCGCUGUUAGACACUACUGGCAGAGCAGCAGAACCUCCACUGCAUUCACCCUCGUCACCAGAGGGUUGCACCUCUGUCAGCUCGACACCGGGCAUAAUGGCGAUGCCGAUAAAUGCCCACGGCACGAAAGUGUCCAUCCCAGCUUUGCGGACACAGACUACCAGCGGUAGCGCCACGACCUCUCCAACUGGGUUUUGGGACCGAGCAACACCGGAGGAGCUCCCCACCCCGUCACCCGUGUCGCCCCCCUCGACAAGCUCGCCAACGUUGAGCUUUAAGAAUCGGCAGCGGGCCGCAGCGGCGAUGCGGAAGUUCGUCAUCACUUCAAGCUCAGGAGUUGGUGCCCUAUCAGUGAGUAGCACGACUACCACGUCCUCCUUGCCGGCGACUAGCACUGCUCCACUCACAACACACAGCCCAUCGACUGCGUUGCUAGAGAGAGCUACCUCCAAUGCGAUGCCGCCUGUGAUUCAAGAAUCGAGUCCGCCACCUGGUUCUCCUUUCCUUAGCACAUUGUCCCAGACACCUACACGAGAUCUAGCCGCACAAGUGGAGUGCACAGGACUGGCUUCUGUAGAUAGAAGUCGUAAUAUGAGUAUCGAGGGGGGUGCUGGCGAGCCGUCAGCGGCCCGGUCACCUCCGAAACAGCAGGUCGCUAAGCUCACAGCUACUCGGAGCCCAAGGCCGUCACUCCCGCCCCUAGACACCGUCGCUUCUGCGCUGGCUUCUCACUUGAAGGGGUGCACGCAGUCCGAAGCCUCGGUAGCCGCGACCACGAAGCCCCAGUUUCGUUUCUUCACUCAAGGCUGGCUGGCAGAGAACGAGGGGGGUCCGAGUCCAGAUGCCAUGCAGAGAGGAGUAUGUGGGCAGGCCCGUGGGUUUCGGGACCGCAGUUGCAGCACUGCCACUGCCUCCACCAGCCCCGCCAACGCGGGUGAGGGCGACAAGAGUUAUGUGGGGGAUGAGGAGGAGAGCCUGUUGACCUGCCCACAGAGCGAGAAGCGUGUGCACUUCUACAACCCCAACAUCCAGUCGACGCUGGUGGAAUUUCAGACGACAAGUCCGUGCCUGCGGCGGAAUACGAACUCUAGCGCGGCUGACUCACAAGAAAGCGGCAUCGCCGAGAUGGCGAACUCUACAGAGUGCUCUGACAACAUACCUAGAGGACUAAGACGGUCGCAGACGUCGCCGAACGUUCUCACUGGCGAGUCAGAGGCGGAUGUAAUGCAGACACCCUGUCCUUCAAAGGGUGCUCGACCUUGCUCGCAAACGCGCACAGAAAGUCUCGAAGCAGCCACUCAGUCCACUGGGAGUGGGGUGGCGUCGCGACGUCUUCCUCCGGAGGUGCCGUGUACGUCGUCGAUGAUGGACUCGCCACCGCUGGAGCUCAAACCUGCACCGCAGCACAACGUGGAUGGCGUGCCUCGUACUGGUUCUUUACCGCCUCAUAUUCGUGAGAUGCGCGCGCGAACCACGAGCCGCAUUGUAGACCGCUGGAGGCAGCACCACCAGCCACCCACACCCCAGCGGGGCACACGUAGGACUCACGACCUUGUCUCGUCACACUCCAGCCUAGCACUUGCUCUUUCUACUGAGAACUCUAUCUCUUCAAGCAGUGCGCAGCUGAGCAACGCCGCAUACUCACGCAGACGGCAUCGCAACAAGAUGCUGGCGCCAGACGGUACCGUGAUUACCAUCCCGCGCACCGGCGUUCUGGGAGGCGCAGAGAGCAGCGGUGUCUUCUCGCCCUCGCCACUGGGACUCCAUGGGCGCACCCGCACGGUCGGUGACCUUGCCGCUAUGAGUGUCGCCUCUGGGCAACGUGACGGCACGACUCUGAACUCCCCACCUGAACUCACGUCGCUGUCCUUACGAUCCACUGCCACGUUGCAGUCGACCGUCAACCCUCGACUCCCUUCGUUCCGGACUCAAAUAGUGGUCGAGCCUUCACAGUAUACUGAUGCAGGCUCAGCUGACAUACGCAGCAGCCACAGUGACCUUCCGAUUCCCCUCUGCCAGGUCCCAGCCACCACGUAUCUGCCGUCUGAGUCGUCAGGCGAGUCGUCGUCGACAACUUCAGCUGAGCUGAGCGUGCAUGCUGGCGGUCUUUCGGCCUUUUCCUCUGGUGUCUCUCCGCUGCCCACGCUGCAGAACACGAGCAGCCACAUCAGCCAGCUCGCAAAGGUGUCGUUUGCGAUGUCUUCAGUGCUGAUCCCAGGUGCGCAAUCACCCAAGGACCUAUCCAAGUCAGCGCCACGGGCCAAAGCUGAUACUUCAGCCGGCUGCAUCUCUAUUGAUGAUCCGAUCACUUACACAGGGCGGCGGCGGCAGAGCGUGACCAGAACAGGCGCCUACCCAUCCCCAGGCGGCGGCGUUGUUGCCUCCACGGCUAAUCCAGACGAUUUUGAGGACUCCGAUAGUGACUAUCUACCGCGCAACUUCAGUGUGAUGAGUGCUACCACGGCCGAGCUGCGCAAGCUGCGCCGUCGUAGCAACUACUCCAGUCUUCACUAUGGCACCAUGACUGGCUACCACCACAGGCGCAACGAGCAGCGGCGGGAGAGCAGGGCAGCCUCGCGAAAGGGCUGGCGCCUCGGCGACAGCGGCGGCUCUUGGUCCCAACAACGCCCUGCCACAGAGAACGACAGUAAGGACUCGACGGUGCUGUUCUCAGCGACUGGCAUUGCUACGAAAGGUGGCGCCAGCAGCAGGGCUGACAAAGCGGACACCGACGAUGGUGGUGACUCAGUGUGGGAGCAGAAGGGUAGCGUUGAGGACGGCACUUCGAACGAUGAGGAUGACCUUCUUGGCGAGAUGACGCAUGGGCAGUGGCGCCGCCGCAGCGAAAGUCGAGCGAAGGCUGGCACGGCUGCUGCUGCUGCUUCGGCAGCUCAAGAAGACGACGGAGACGCUGCACAGCGUCGCAGAGUGGGGAUGUGGGCUUCGGUCGAGCACGUCUUCCUACCUCAGUACGAGCUCGUGCCAGAGGUGGCAUCGACGGUGCCGCUCACCGUCCCUGCAUCACCCCACAGCAACACGAACAUUAGCACCAGCGCCGUAAUCAGCGACGCUGAGAUCAAACAGCACCGCUGCUCCUCACCUGGGAGCAUUUUUGACAAGAACACAAGUGCAACGCUGUACACCACGCCCGUGAGUGACCAGCAACCAUCUCACCCAUCGCCUGCCGCUGAUUUGCACUUCACACCCAUGCGAGUCGGCUCGCCAUUUCUGAGAGCCACUAGCGGAAGCUUCAUGAUGCCGACGCCCCUGACUCCAAAAAGCAGCCCCUCUAUGUAUCCUGGCGGCAACGCUGGUCGCUCGCAGCCAAGCGGCCUUGUUGUUCUGCCAGACGCCAACUACAGCGUCGAUACAAAGACGUCUGCGCCGCUGUCGUGCAGUCAAUUCCGCCGCACUCCUGCGCAGACCACCGGCACGAUGCGUCUCGAGCCGGAGGACUUCACGUUUGGCACGGUGGCCAGCGCGUACAACAUGGACCCAGAGGAGGAGGAGGAGCUCCCGCAGGGCUCGUCUGAUGCAAAGGUGGCGGCCCGCCUCAUCUUUGACUCCGCUACCGGCGUUAUGCUGAUGGACCCGUAUGACGAGGUUGGCCGGUACGAGCGACAGGGGCACAUGCCGCCAGACGACCAAGGGGGUGUAGCGGCGCCGCCAAAGCAUAACGAGGAGGGAUUGGGGGCAAAGGGCGGCCGCGACGCGGGCGAUGACGAGUCCAACGACGGCGCGUGCCACUGCGAUGCCGCUUUUAUCGCGAAGGACUUCAAAGGGCCGGACUGUAGCCGAUACGAUGCGAACGACCUCUACGACCACUGUAAUCGUUGCCAUCGGCGGCCAGCUGCCUUUCUCUGCUUGCACUGCCUUAUGGCGGUGUGUCCAUCGCACGUCCGCCGCCACCACCUGCAGAAUCCGAGCCUGUGCACGCUGUUUCUGAAUCUGCUAGACAUCAUGAACAGCUUCGACCGCAUAUUUUGGUGCGAGAAGUGCCAGCAAUUCACGUGGAAGCACACCGAGGUCUACGACGCGCUGGUGGAUCAGAUCGCCUUCACACGCGGCACGUAUUUGAAGCAGCCCGCCCGCGACAUACACUGUGUCGGGUACGAGGUGCGACUGAAGGAUGUGACCGCAUCGGCAGCGGUACAGCAACCUUCAGUGCCAGUGGUCAGUGCCGAGACCCACGCUCGCGCGCAUUCCAUCCAUGUCAUGCCACCUGCCGCGACCCUCAAUCAGACACUCUCUACGUCAUCGCUCCCUGUCACUCCGCAGCUCAUCGCCUCGUCGCCGGCCACAGAGGCGUUAACAGCAUCGGAAACGUGCCCCGCCGCUGCACGCAAGCCGCAGUCGAUUUCAAACGCGUCUGUGCCGCCAAGCGGAGGCUUACAGCUGACGACGGGAGCAGAUGCCAGCGUCUUUGAUUUUUCCCCCGAAUCCCCGUCUAGUGGCGGGCCGCCGUUGCGGCUGCGUCAGAGCGCUUUUUCGCUCAACUCCCCAUUACAACUUCCUGUGCGCUCGCCGAUGCAGAGGUACCUCAACCGUGACCCGCACUUCUCUGUCAGCAACGCAGUCACCGUAGGCGAGCCAGUCACGAAACUCUGCGCGCUUGGUGCGAGAGUGCAGGGGUGGCGUACAACCCAAGAAGACGCCGAGGCGGUGUUCUUGGUCGACAUCCCAGCCAUCUCCGAGGAGGUAGUGCACCGAAAGGAGCUCCAGGCAGUGGCGGCAGCAGCCGAGGCGGCCGCAAAAAAGUCACAUGAGACGCUGGACAGCGGAGGGGCUACCCGACGAGACUCCUCACUUCUGGCUUACGAUAGCCACGAAAGCAACACACUGUCCAUCUCCGAGAAUCCCCCCCAAUUCAUCUCGCCACUUAGCGCGAUGGACAGUGGGGCACAUGAGGGGGUCUGUAUGAGUGAGGAAGACGCAGCAGUCUCUGCCUCAGGAGCCGGAAAAGAGGAGGCAGAUACGCCACCGAAGGAAACGAUGCCGAUGGCAGUAUUCUGCAUGUUUGACGGGCACGGUGGCGAUGCGGUGGCGAAGCUGGCGGCUCGCCACUUCGAGGCCCACCUGCGGCGCGCGAUCGAGGGAACGCGCCCAGAUGACGUGCGUGCGCGCGCGCUCUUGUUCUUUCUCAAGGCGGAGACAGACUCGGCUACUGCUACGGGUGCGACAGCACCGUGGCUGCCCCCAUCCUUGACAGCGGUCCCGACGUGCAGCGGUACUUUGAGCUACUUUGCUCCGAGCGCUACCUCCAUGCCCACCCUAGCAGGCCCCGCGGCCGCUGCUGCAACGCUUAUGUCGAGCCCACCCACGUCUGGUGAUGCGGCCUCCGUCCCUAUGCCGUACUCGCAUCUUUCCUCCCCAUUCCAAAGGUCAUCGGGCAGCACAACUUUGCUGGCUCCAGGCAACCACUCCGCCGCCAAGCGAUCAGAGCCGAACGGCGACGAAGCUUCUCUGUUACCCAAGACGUCUGGCGUAUCGUUGACCCUGGCCGAUGAGCUGCGUAACCCGUCUAUCUCCGGGUCUCUCUCUCUUCUUGUCCCGGUCACGGCCGAGUCACUGCGCCUCCACGUGUCAGGCAGCGCGUUUGGGCCGGCGGGUGUAGGUGUGAAGGGAACAUCCCUUGCCUCUGAUGGCGCAACUGGGGGCGUGGGGGGCAGGAACUGUCACAACACCAGCACACGGGCGGACGCCUCCCCGGCUGCUAGCAACCCCGCCGGCAACUCACAGUCCUUGAAGCGCAACCGAAAGUCUGGGACAACGUUGGAUGCGUGGGAAGCAAUGGAGGAGCCGUUGCCGGACAUGAUCUCUGCCGCAGUGGGCAUGGGAUCGCCCCUCACUGCGAUGUUCAUGUCGAGAUCGUUUACUGCUAUAGACGACGUGCGACAUGGGAGCCCCUUAAUCCACAACACGAACGCGGUCGCCGGCAGCGUUGCCCUUUGCCCCUCCUCGGCGGCGGUGGUGUCGAUCCCGGAGAUGGAAAUGCUGCGCCAGUACUUUGCGAGCAUCAUGGAGGAUGCCCUGAUUUCUCUCGAUGACUACUUGCGCUCGACGCCAGAGGGGGCGCGUGGGGACUACGACUGCGUGGGCUGCACAGCCUGUGUGGUGGGCAUCACUGCUAACUUUGUGCUGUGCGCGAAUGUCGGUGAUAGUGGGGCCGCCUUCUACACAAAGGACCGCAUGAAGGUGAUCAGCGUGAAGCACCGCGUUUCUGACGAGGCGGAGCAGGCCCGCAUCCACGCCGCCGGCUACUCCGUUAUCAAUGGCCGUAUUGAGGGCAUGUCUGCCGUGCCGCGUGCGCUAGGUGACUUCGACUUCAAGCAGUGCGGCGGCCGCGACUCGCGCAAGCAGGCCGUCUCUGCCGUGCCAGACGUUACAAUUAUGCCGGUACCAAGCGACACGGAUCAGUGGGGCAUCGUACUUGCCUGCGAUGGUGUGUGGGACACGGCAACACUGCACCAGGUGCACGUGGCGCUCACGAACACAGUCAACGACCUUGCCGUGUCAGGGUCAGCCAUGGAUGCUGUGCUGCGUGGUUCCGAACUCUAUCACAACCGCCGGCGAGGCCCAGUUGCUGUUUUAGGGACUUCACCGCGGCGCUUGUCCUCAGACUCGCCGCAGAGCGAAGGCUGUUCUUUGCAGAGCAGUGGAGCAUGCAGAAACAGCAGCAUGAGCCCGUUGCCCAUCAAGCGCGAGAGUCUUACCUCGAAGGCUGGCGCUGAGGAAUCCAUGAUCAGCUACUACGAUGACGACGACGGUGCGGCAACGAGACUUUCUCAAGUGGAUGCAAUUCUUCUCACGGCUGCCGCUGGCGUGUUUGCGCAGUGUGUGGCGCCGGAGGACAACGAUGAGGGCAUUGGUCUUGACAACUGCAGCCUUAUCAUUAUCGAGCGCCGCAACGUGCAGGAAUGA